CCUUCUCUUUCCUUUCUCUUGUUUUGUUAUUCUAUAGGAAAAUAGAUUAUUUUAUUUACAGAGGUCUUUUCUAUUUUAUUUUAUUGUUUGCAUUCAAGAAGGAAAAUAGACAAAACCCUUCUCCUUUUUUCGACCCUCUCGAUAUAAUAAACAAAUUGACACAGGGGCACAACAACAAAAAACCCACCUCCAUUUUUCUUUUCUUUCUUUUUUAGAAUGGCUGAGGUUAAUCCGUUUUCGUUAUCGGGGACGCAGUACUCGCAGCACUGGCCUUCUCUUGUGAGUCCCGACUACUGGCUCAACAAGGGUUUCAUCCUAGCAACCGGGCAAUCCAAAGCGGCAUGGCGCUGGGCACCAGGAACAACAUUCCUCUCCACUCAACGCGCAGUCCUCACAGGCGUCGUCCUCUACCUUACAAUGGUGUUUGGUGGACAAAUGAUCAUGAAGAAGGUUGCCAAGCCGAUUAGAAUGAAGCGAGUUACUCAGCUUCAUAACCUAACUCUGACUUUGAUUUCGGGAUUCCUCUUGUUGGCGUUCUUGGAGCAAUGCCUGCCUGUGUGGCGCGACAAGGGAUUCUUUUUCACUAUUUGCGGUGCUGAGUCGUGGACGCAGCCGAUGGAGGUGAUUUAUUACCUGAAUUAUCUGACAAAGUGGCUUGAGUUUGUUGAUACGAUCUUGCUGGUGCUGAAGAAGAAGAGGCUCGAGUUCUUGCAUUACUAUCAUCAUUCGCUGACGAUGGUUCUGUGCUUUGAGGAGCUUUUGGGCCGUGUUUCAGUUGCUUGGAUUAUCUGCUCAAUCAAUCUGUUUGUUCACGUCAUCAUGUACUACUACUACUUCCUUGCUUCUUGCGGCAAGAAGGUGUGGUGGAAGGAGAUUGUGACGACUCUGCAGAUUGUGCAGUUCGUAGUGGACCUCGGGUUGUGCUAUUUCUGUCUGUACACGCAUAUUACGUUCCAUGCGGUAGUGUCAUUGCCCAGUAUCGGAGCUGAUUGUCGCGGUACUCGUCUGGCAGCAUACUACGGAUGUGUCCUGCUUUCAUCGUACUUGCUGCUGUUUGUCCAGUUUUUCAUCAAGACGUACAUUAAGGAAGAGAAGGGUGGUUAUUUGGGAUUCCGCUCUAUGAACUAUGAUGGUUUGAAGACAAAAAAGCCAGUCGAGCAAAAAGUUGAAAAGACUGAAUAAGUCUUCUCCCUCUCUCUCUCUCUCUCUCUCUCU